UCCCCCCCCCUCCUGUUUCAGGCAUAUUCAGAACAUGAGUGAGAUAAAGACUGAUGUGGGUCGAGCUCGAGCAUGGAUAAGGUUGUCUCUUGAAAAGAAGCUUUUGUCUCAGCACCUAAAGCAGCUUCUCUCUAACCAAGCACUCGCUAAGAAACUUUAUAAGCGUUAUGCUUUCCUACGCUGUGAAGAAGAACGAGAGCAGUUCCUCUAUCACCUUCUUUCGCUCAAUGCUGUGGAUUACUUCUGCUUCACAAGUGUCUUCACCACAAUCAUGAUUCCAUACAGGACUGUGAUAAUCCCUAUCAAAAAACUAAGCAAUGCAAUCACCACAUCAAACCCAUGGAUUUGUGUUUCAGGAGAACUAGGAGAUACAGGAGUAAUGCAGAUUCCUAAAAAUCUUCUAGAAAUGACAUUUGAGUGCCAGAAUUUAGGAAAGCUAACAACUGUUCAGAUUGGUCAUGACAACUCAGGAUUAUUAGCCAAGUGGCUGGUAGAUUGCGUCAUGGUGAGAAGUGAAAUUACAGGACACACAUACAAAUUCCCAUGUGGACGAUGGCUGGGGAAGGGAGUUGAUGAUGGCAGUCUGGAGAGAAUUCUUAUUGGAGAACUGAUAACUUCAAUGUCGGAUGAAGAUCUUGGGAAGCAGUGCCGUACCCCCCCUCAACAGAAAUCCCCAACCACAGCUCGCAGACUGAGUAUCACCUCCCUUACAGGAAAAAAUACAAAACCUAAUGCAGGGCAGAUCCAAGAAGGAAUUGGGGAAGCUGUGAACAAUAUUGUGAAACAUUUUCACAAGCCCGAGAAAGAGAGAGGCAGCCUUACCAUUCUACUGUGUGGUGAAAAUGGCCUGGUUGCAGCACUGGAGCAGGUCUUCCACCAUGGAUUCAAAUCUGCUCGGAUUUUCCACAAGAAUGUAUUCAUCUGGGAUUUCAUAGAGAAAGCAGUUGCUUAUUUUGAAACCACUGACCAGUUUGGGGACAACGAAGAGGACGUCUUGCUUCAGAGAUCAUCCUGCAAAACAUUCUGUCACUAUGUAAAUGCUAUCAGUACUGCACCAAGGAACAUCGGGAAGGAUGGCAAAUUCCAAAUCCUGGUUUGCCUGGGGACUAGGGAUCACUUCCUUCCUCAAUGGAUUCCAUUGCUAGCAGAGUGUCCUGCCAUCACAAGGAUGUAUGAGGAGAACGCCCUUCUGCGGGACCGCAUGACAGUGAAUUCCCUCCUCAGAGUCCUACAGACAUUACAAGAUUUCAACAUCAUCCUAGAAGGGUCACUCAUUAAAGGAGUGGAUGUUUAGCAUGGCUUUGAUGAGAACUUCAUUAUUUCUCUGCUAAGCAAGCAAACAAAAAUUGGGGACCUGUUAGAACUUGAAUGCUGCGGUAGUGCAUCACUGUAAAGCAGAGCACCCUGUUAUCGGGUGGGAGUGGGAAACCCAGUUUACACCAGAUUCAGGACUGUCCUAAAGCUGCAGACAAGCUAAAAUGCGGUAUUGUAGUUUAUUUGAAACAGAAUAAAAUAGAGUAUUUUCAUGUGUUAGAUGUAUGUAAAUAUGCUAUCUUCUUUAAGAAAUUAUAUUAAUCUUCAAACUUUUCUUAGACAAUGUUCUUGUGCUGAAAAUAAGUAGCUUAAAACCGUGGGACAGCUGUGGGGGGUGGGGGGAGAGAUGUUGCUGCUUGGUAGCAAGGAAGAAGCCAGUCAAUGUGUAAAUACAGUGCAAACUCAGCAGGGCUUUUUUCAGGUGUUGCAAAAGAACACAGCAAAGUAUCAAUAUGUAGCCACUGCUAUCAUCUCAUUCUUUGAAAUGUUGUGAAUGUAUACCGUUUACCCUACUGUACACGGUUUCCCUUACUUUAUGUUUUAAAGAUCCAAGCCUCUCCGUGUGUAUAAGCUGUGAGUUGUCAUAUUUAAGAUCUUUUGUGUAAUUUUUAUCAAUCAGCACAAGGUGAGGUGCAAAUGAAAUGUUUAAACACUGGACAUGAGGAAUUGUUGAGCCUCCAAGAAGCCUGAUAUCAUCUGUUUUUUAAAAAAAUCCAGUACAGCACCAGGCUAUAUUUGGGAAAUGUCAAUAACUUGAUUUGUCAUUUUGUCCCUCUUCUUUCUGGGUUUUGUUCAGAUUUCCCCUCCCCCGUCUGCAUUUGUACUGUGGAUGAUGACGUAUGCUUCAAGAGGUUGUCUGCUUCUAUAGGUUUGUUGAAUAACUUGGUUCAGAAGAUGAACCAAGCUCUGUUUCGGUUUUUAUGUUGCUAUAGAGCCACAAACACCGAUUUUGCUGUGCUACAGGACUGUUUCAACCAGUUGUGAAAUACUGGCAAGUUACUAGUCUUCCUUUAUCCUGGGGAGUAAGUGUUCCUGGGAGGCACAGGAUCGCUUUGGUUUUGAAUAAUUCAGCUAUAGAAAAGAAGUGAGGCAAGGGGAAUUGGUGUCAAGGCUUCUGUCUCAUACUGUUUCAAACUAAUAAUGUGUUAAAGAAACACAAAUGUCACAGGCACAGAACUCGGAGAAACUGGGAGCUGCUGGAGUUCCAUAUGCUAAAAUAAAAACUAAAUCAGUUGUGUGAUACAUCCCAGAUAUUUGCUGCAUGCUAUCAUUCAGUUUUCCUUCCACUGAGAUUUGAUUUAUGCAAAGCUGGGGGCAUGUUAACUCAAAGCCAUUAGCUGCCUUUGGAGAUGGGUUCGAAAUCCUUUUGCUUGUUUCACUGGUUUAAUCAAUUUGAUCACAAUUUAUUCUUCAGUGGAUGCCUGAGGACAUCACACAGCUUGGUAUAUAUAGCAAUCUUUGCUUUGGGGAGAGACCCUUACUAAAAUAACAGAUUACAUUGUAGAUCAGAACUGCAGUGCAUUACAAAAGAUUUUGGCUGAAUGUUGAACAUUGCUUCUUAUGUCUGGGAAGUUAGUGUCCCCCAAAUAAAUAAAUAUAAUGGAGAGGAACAAGAUCCAGAGAAGGGGUUUAGAAAUAGUGUCUGUCUUUCCUGCUUGCACGUUGCCACCUUCAGAACAGUAUUAGAAAAUUGGCGUUUUAGUCACUGCCAGCUUGUAGACAAGGUUUAAUAUCUCCAGUGAGCUAUGGUGAGGUAGGAUGAGGGUAGUUAGUGCUCCUUCAAAGUAUU